AGAAGUUUGAAUAUUGCUUACCAUGGAUGGCUUUGUUUUGAACUUGGUUGGGGCCCCUUCAGGUAGUAUCAUGAACGACACUCCCCCGGAUCCAUUUUUUAUGCGUGUUGAAUCAUGCUUGCCGAACUACCCGUACAAGAAACUGUACGAGUUCGCUUCGUUCUUGUAUGUCCCUAAACAAACUACAAAGCAAAGCUGUGAAGCUUUCCUCCACCAUUCCAGCGACGCAAAGGGCCGCUUACAAGCUUUCCUUGGAAGAGAUGAUGCAUGUAUGGUCACUGGGAACGGUCCAAUACUGUGCCAACUUCAAAUGACUUUUCAACUCAAGAAACGAACAAUCUUGGUGUUCUUCAUGCAUAGCCGCGGUAGGGUGCGCCUGAUUGCUAUGUCACGUUGUGGUUUAGAGACUCCCCCAUUGAAGUGUUACUCAUACGAGAUAACAACAGCAUCAUGUGCCCACCCUCGUGCCCAACCUUGACCUCUUAAUAUGUUGACAAACUUUUGCUAUGUCUUGAUUAUUACUUUUGUGUUUUCUACUUUUGAUGAUGAUGUCGCUCCAGUAACUACAAACAUACGCAGCUGUUUCCCCUCUCUACUAAGCCAAGACAUGUCCAUUGUAUGCUUAAAUGCUUGUUUCCUCUUGUACUCUGAAUUGACAUUACUCAUUUCAAACUUCUAACUAUUGCAUAGUUGAUUGGGC